AAUCUCUGUGAGUUUGAAAAACAUCACUAGACAACUGUGGUACAGGACCACAGGUGGUAGCUUACAUUCAGUUGAUAGCCUAGGCCUACUAUGACAUCUGACUGAGGGGUACCUUAUUCCUAUUUCCUAUCUCUAGCUAUCACAAUCAAGAUUUUAAUCAAUUAAAAAUAAGUCAGUCUACACUUGGACAGCAUCCCUGUGGCGCAGGCUCCAUCCCUGGGAGAUCUAAGGGGGCGUUUCUAGCGUGUGGCAGAGAGGCGUGGCGGAGGUGGGUGUGUAUGAACCAGCUGAUACACGCAUCCGCUGAUGCUGCCAUCAUCCUACUGCCGCCUCGAAGGUGCGAGUAGCCUAUAGAGCGCUGGCCAUCCACACUACAACCCAAGCUAACAUUGGACCACGGAGUGCAGCAGGCGCCAAAUGAAAAACCUGUCAGUGAAACAAGGACGAAUUUGCGCAUCCAAAGCGGUCUUUGUGCAGCUGUGAACAAUUUGUAGGUCAGCUAGAAAUGGUUCCACAUGACAAAGUGGAACAAGUUGAGGAUGUAAGCUACAAGAUGUCCAGCUGAGGAGAUUGCCUGAUGAGAGUCAACCUUAUGUCUGAGGUUGUCUGUUUGGCUUCUGCACUCCAAGGCUUGGUCUUUUUGGAUUUCAAAUGGUUGGGGGUGUAAACCCACUGUUCUACAAGUGGCUGUCUGUGUGAAACCUGCGUGAGAGUUGUGUGUAUUGACAGGCUGCAGUGCUAGCCUCAGCACUGGUUGUGGCUUAAACACCCUGGAGGUCCCCCUGGUGUCAGGUGCAGAGUGAUUGCCAUUGCCACAGCAAGGACCCCCCUCCCCUCCCCUCUCUGGUGUGGCCAUGGGUAGCGUUGGCAGUGGAGUUGCGGGCGAGCAGGAGUUUGCCAUGAAGAGUGUUGGCACCAGGACCACGCUGCCCCGCAUGGCGCCUCACCACCUGCCCCGCCGCAGUCACAGUGCCGAGCGCGUACCGCCUCCACUCCUGCCCCCCCUCAUCCACCCCAUGUCAGAGGGCACGGAGGGGGGUACGGAGGGGGGCUCCAGCGACGGGCGCAGCAGCAGCGCCACCUCCGACCGACCCCCGCCCACCACCAGCAUCGAGUCGUCCAGCGUGCUCACCUCACCGCCCACCGAACGCGCCGACCGCGCCUUCCGGGAGGUCCACAGGGGUGUGCUGGCGCUCGACCUGUGCGGGAACGUGGUGGCCGCCGCGGCCGCGGCCAGUCACGAAAAGACUGCCCACCGCGUGCGCAUGGCGACCGGGCAUCAGCAGCAGAGUCGAGAAGCCAGCAAGGCCAAAGCCAUGGCAGGAGCCGCCGCCGCUGCAGCAGCUGCCAUGGCUGCUGCCAACAACCCCAAACCCAAACUGAAGCCCAAGCCCAAACCAGAGAAGACGCCCCCCAAACUCCUGCCUGUCUCGGGGAAACUGGAGCAUGUGCGGGAAAAGAAUAACUCAGCCUUGGUGCGCCCCUCUGCCUUCAAGCCUGUGGUGCCCAAGAGCUUCCACUCUAUGCAGAACCUGGUUGGCCAGGCUGGUGGAGGAGGUGGAGGAGGGAGAUCUGCUGGAGGGAGAGCAGGAGGAGGAGGAGACAGCUCCAACAUCCCACAGCCUCUCCGAGAGCUGGACAGCCCUCCGGGAGACAACAAUGGUAACGGCGCGGGCGGCGGAGGUCAGAGUGGCAUGUCGGACUCGGGCAGCAACUCCCUGAGCAGCCUGCCCACCUACACCAGCUCGGGGCCGCCUGCCCUCGGACCCCUCAGUGCCUCCACCAGCCAGCUCAACCGGCUGGGCACCAGCGCCGCUCCUGCCGCCAGCGCCAGUGUGGGCACCAACACGGCCGGGGGCGCCACAGGCGGCGGCCCGGGAGACCGGCUGGACAAGCCGGCCUACCAGAAUGGCCUAGGCCUCAGCGCCUCGGACAGCGGACGCUCCUCGUCCGGUAAGAGCUCCUCGUCCUAUCCGCGGCUCUGUCACCAGGUGGACAUCCCCGCCACGGUCCGCCCCUCCCCAUCCUCCGAUGACAUCAUACAGGACCUUGAGGACCGACUCUGGGAGAAGGAGCAAGAGGUGCUCCACAUGCGCCGCAACCUGGACCAGAGCGAGGCGGCCAUCGUGCAGGUGUUUGAGGAGAAGCAGCGCGUGUGGGAGCGCGAGAUGGAGGACCUGCGGCAGAACUACGCCGUGCGGCUGCAGCAGGUGACGCGGCGCGCCCAGCGAUCCCAGCAGGCCCUGCAGAGCCACGUGACGCGCCUGCAGCAGGACAAGGCCCGUCUGCAGGACGAGAUGGCCUCCCUGCUGGCCCAGCGCGAGGAGCUGGAGAGGAAGUGCCUGGACUACAGGAAGGAGCAGGCCGACAUCCUGCCGCGCCUGGAGGAGACCAAGUGGGAGGUGUGUCAGAAGGUGGGUGAGAUCUCGCUGCUAAAGCAGCAGCUCCGUGAGAGCCAGGGCGAGGUGACGCAGCGGGCCAGUGAGAUGCUGUCGCUCCGGGGGCAGCUGAAGGAGCUGACGGCCCAGCUCAAACACCAGGAGGAGGCCAUCCUGGGCCUCAAGGAGUCCUACAACUGCAAGAGCCUGGAGCUCAAACGCUGUGAGGCAGAGCUGCAGAGGACUUUGGCUGAGGUGUCCAUGUUGAGAGAUAAGCUGCUGGUGUUUGAGGCGGAGGUGCUGGGGCUCCGUCGGGCUCUGGGGGAGAGGAGCCAUGGCCACGAGUCGGCAGGUGGGAGCCUCUCCUCGGGCCACUGGGCCAGCCUGCCCUGCCGGAACCCGUCCGACGGCAGCCUGAUGCCGCUCUCGUCCCAUCCCGCGCUGCCCCUGUCGCUGCCGCCGUCCGAGGCGCUGCUGAGCCUGCAGAGCGACGAGGCCAAGGCGCAGCGGCGCGAGGCGGGCGACCUGCGGCGCCAGCUGGAGCGCCUGCAGGAGGAGCUGCGCGCCGAGCGGCAGCAGCGCGAACGCCAGGCGCUCACCUUCGCCCAGGAGCGCCACGUCUGGCACGACGAGAAGGAGCGCGUGCUCAAGUACCAGGCGCAGCUGCAGCUCAGCUACGUGGAGACGCUGCAGAAGAACCAGGCCCUGGAGCGCCGCGUGGGCCAGCUGGGCCAGCGACUGGCCUCCUCGUCCUCCUCCUCACCCUGCCCGUCGCCCGGAUCACCCCCGCCCACCACUGCCCCCACGCCUCCCACUAUCCUGCAUCCCCCCCCGCUGCCCCUCUCCCCACCCCCCUCCAUCCCCACCCCUGAAGAGCUCAAGCUGCCCCCCUCGCUCCACCAGUUGGCUCCACCCUGGCCCGGGCCCUCCAGGCUGGAGCGGAUCGAGUCCACAGAGAUUUGAGUGAGCCACUGAGUGAGUGGGCUAGUGAGGGUUGCCCUCUGUCAGGAGAUAACCAGCAGACAAGGUCCAGAAGCCCCUCAGCCCCACAUGCUCUUAGAAGACACAAUGUGCUGGUUUCUUGAGUGAGGUGGAAUUUAAAAAAAAAAAAAAAACCUUUGGCUUAAUCAAAACUCCCAUUUCUUUCUUUCUGUCACUCUCUCGUUUCCUACACACACACACACACACACACACACACACACACACACACACACACACACACAUGAUAACAAAAAACAAAGAAACAGAAUUUCAAAAGAGAAACAGUGGUUAAGAAUUCAAAUGUGACUGAUGAACAGACAACAGACAGAUGCUUUUCACUCUGAAAACACCUUUGUGAUUCUCAGUUCAACUAUGUGAGCAUUCUGCCGAUGUGAUUGGUUUGCACUAGCUCGCUGUGUUUUACUUUUCUGUGAAUCAUGUGUUUGAUAUUUUACCCUUAGAGGGAGUGUUAAAAGAAUAUUAUGGUUCUGAACCUAAUCUCUGUCUGCCUCAUCUGAAGCAGAUGCAUUGGUUUGUCUGUAGGGUGGAUGUUGCAGACAAUCUAUGCAUCUCUCUGUACUUUCAAAGGAAUACAAAACUUGUUGACUAGAAGAAUAACUUAUCAGGCAAGUUGGCAAUACAAUUUGACAUAAUCACUGGUACGAUUCAUUUGAAACCACCUUAAAUUUCAUGCUGAAAAACAUAUCAAGCUGAAGUACAUAUGAAUACAAAGCAAGAAUUUAGUAUUUCUGGUGCCUGUGUAGGCAUUACAUUGUACUACAUUGUACUUUCAAAACAGGAAUGUGGUCACAUGUAAUGCAAUACGUUUUGAGUUCUUUUUUAAGUGCUGGGUAAUGUGUCAAUACUACUGUGUUUGGCAUUGCACUAGGAUUCAGGUGUAGUAGAUGGAGAUCUGGAUGAAGCUUGAGCUGUCAGAGAUCAUCUGGCAUGAAAUGUAGGCUAUACCUGCUCUUCUUUCAGUCAUGCAACCGUGUUUACAGUCAUGUAGCCAAAUUAUUCUGCACUUUUUUGGAAGCAUUGGCCAAUUUGUUACGAGAACCAAAAACCUGCUUACCACGGUGACCAAGCAACAGCAUGGGAAGCAUGAGAGUCAUUGUCAUCAUCUACAUGCACCACUGUGGCCACUGCCCAAAGCAGGUUGUCUCUGGUGCCCAAAACUGCAGCGGUAAGGUUUAUACACUUCAUUUUAGGUGCUCUCUGAGGGUAAAGUUCUGUAUGGUGCUCUUAAGAAUUCUGUAUUGAAAAAUCAAAGUUUUGUUGGGGAUAAUGUCAUAGUAGCCGAGGGAUGUUUCAAAACAAAUCGUGGAAUCAUAAUAAUAGGCCUUUGGUGUUUCAGGGAAAUGGAGAAUCUGUUUCUCCAGUAUUUGUGGCUGCAGUAACCCAAGAUGAGCUCAAGAGGGCACUAGAUCAGAGUUCAGGAGCUCCAACAGAUGCGGGGAAUUACUUGAACAAAGGUGUUCUUUUUGAUAACCAUUUGUUUAUUUUGUUAUUUGAAAAAUUGAUUAAAAUUACAAAUAUGGACAAUUAAGGCACACAAAAAAAACAAUGUCUCUGUUAAACUUUUCCUCUGUGUUUUGGUGUGUCGGGUGCUGUUUGACAUCUCAAUGGUUCCAGAUUGGAGGGAAGGCUAGGUAGAGGUGAUUGUGAUGUUAUGAGGUAGGAGUAUUGGCCCCCACCAAGAGCAUGUGGAACUGCAGGCAGGAAGGCCAUGAAAUUACAUUAUGGUUGUUUAUGUGAACAUGUUUAUUCUAGUAUUACAACAUAUUGUGUGUGACUAUUUUGAAAAUAUAUUAUUAAUAUAAAUAGUACUGCUACUCUUAUAACCAUUCUUUAAUCAUUAUUAUUUAUGUGACUUGAUUAAAUCAGAAGUUUGAGUCUUUUAUUUUUUGUAUAUGAUGUCUAUAUAUAAAUAUAAGUAUGCAUAUUUACAUAUACAUAUAUGUACAUAUAUUUUCAUUCAGCAUCAUCAUGACUGCCCUGCUUAAAGGGAUGUAUCAGCCCAAAAUGAAAAUUCACCCUCUUGUCUGUAAAACAAAUUAGAUUUUUAUUCCAGAGAAUGUGUAAAAAAGAGUAAAUACCAGCACAGAUUACAUUUCUGGCAUUCUGCUGGAUAAUUAAUUUGCUGUUACAAGAUAAUGUUGUGUGGAUGACAACUGGCAUGAGGUGCAAAAGAUCAUGGAAGAAUCCUCAUUUUGGGUGCCACUAUCCCUUUAGGAACAGUUCCUUUUGAUGUUGUCAAAAAUGUGAUGACAGUACUGUUAUAGAGAGAAAAUGCCAGCUGCGUCUUUUUAUACUUAUUUCUAUUACAUAUUGUUUGUUAUGUUUCUGUCAAUUGUUUGAUAAGAAGUAAGAAAACAAAAUAAUUCUGAUGAUCAUUAAAAACAUAGCUGAUGAACAGGA